GCGGCGACGGCGACGGCAGUGACGGUAGAAAUGUCGCGCGAGGUGGUCGAUUAAUCGGUUGUUUCGCUUUUUCCGAUCGGCAAUUGUGUGUACAACACAUUGCGUCCGCGUCCCUUGCGCCUGGACCGCGCAUUUUUCGCAAGACACGAGCGAUUGCGCGCGAAUUUUUGCAAAUCGCGCAAAAAAACUUCUCGCGCAUGCCAGAGAAACCGACACACUCUUCGGCGGGACUCACGCACGACUCGACCGUCGACGACGCAAGGGAGAGCGGGAAUUUCAGUAUCCAAGCGCGCGCGCGGAACUAACCACUUAACACAGCGCUCGUGUGUACACACGGAUCACGGGCGCGUGCCGAAGGACCGAUUCAUACACGGUGUUAUCACGGAUGGAUUAUUGUUAUCACGGGCUCAAGAAAGAAAACUAAACAAAAAAAAACAGAAAAACCGGACUAGUUCGACUGAAAAAAACAGGCAUCCCGUCUGAAAGCAUGCUGUGCAUAAUCACCGCAAUUACUGCUCGCAGUUGCCGAGCGAAAUAUUGUAAGAAGAAAGGCAAGAAGGUGAAGGGUGCGAGGAAGCAGGCCGAGACAGCGGUGGAUGAGUUUCAGCUCCGCAGGGAUUUGAGGCAGCAGACGAAGAUGACCGACUCCGUGGAAUCGGCGCAGGCAGAAGUAACACCCGCGUCAGACGAGCCGAAAUUCUCCGAGGACAUCAGGAUCGGCGGUAUAGAGGGAGGCGCAACACAUUCUACACUCGUGAUACUCGACGGGAAUGGUACGCGACUAACGGAAGUCAAAGGGCCACACACUAAUCACUGGGCGAUCGGGAUAAAUGAAGCGGCCGCCAGACUCAGCACGAUGAUAGAGAAGGGGAAAGAACAGCUGAAUAUACCAAAAUCCGUUCCUCUGGAUUGCGUAGGACUCUGUUUAAGCGGCUGCGAGGAGGAAACCACUAACCGUCAGCUCGUGCAGACUCUGUUGCAAUCAUAUCCACAUUCCGCCAGAGAUUAUGUGAUCAGUUCGGAUACUCUCGGCAGCCUUAGGACCGGCUUAGAGUCCAGCGGGAUCGUACUGAUCGCUGGAACUGGCAGCAACGCUCUGUUGAUCAAUCCCGAUGGGAAGACUCAUGGUUGCGGCGGAUGGGGACACAUGAUGGGCGACGAGGGUGGAGCUUAUUGGAUCGCCCAUCGCGCUUGCAAAUACGUCUUCGAUGACAUUGACGAUUUUGUGGAAGCGCCAGAGCCCAUAAGCUACAUCUGGCCAGCGAUGAGAAAUUACUUCGACGUGACUGACAGAAAUGGCAUAUUGGCAUACCUCUAUGCGAAGUUCGACAAGAGCAUCAUCGCGGGUUUCACUAAGGAAGUGGCGAUCGGCUGCGAAAAAGGCGAUCCACUCUGUCUGAGAGUCUUCAAAGAAGCUGGACAAGUUUUGGCGAGGCACAUCAUAGCAGUCUCGAAGAAAGCGCACAAUGAUCUCAAACUGGCUCCGGGUGGCUUAAAGGUGAUCUGUGUAGGAUCUGUGUGGCAAUCAUGGAAAUUCAUGGAGAAAGGAUUCGUAGGCGAAAUUCACGACAAAUGCAUCGUGAACGAGCUGAGUCUUCUUCAGUUGACGACUACGUCAGCGCUUGGGGCUUGCUAUUUGGCUGCGGAAAAAAUUAAUUGCCCGUUCGUGAAGCCAUACGACAGCAAUGUCGAGACUUUCUUCCACUAUAAGCGCGAGCUUUAUCCAGACACACAGACGGCAAAGCCCGUCGUCGUAGAAUUAGGAAACAAUACCGCCAUUUGCGACACGGCCGUUGACGUUCGCGAAAAUGGGCAAAAAACAUGAUAAAUGAGUGAACAAAAAAAAAACUGUGUUGUGAGUUGUAUUACGAACGUGAAACACAAAAAGAACAUGUUUAAACAUGUUUAAACAUGUAUAUAACAUACUGUAUAAAUUCGUGAAAUGUAACGAUAAAGAUAUGAUCACACUGUAAAAAUUAAAGGUUUAUAAAAACGUGUCGAUUUAAUAUGUACAUAAAUUUGUACGAAACUGAGAGCAAUAUAAUAAAAUCGAAUACGUACAAAUGAGGAA